CGUUUCUUCUCCGAUUCCCUCUCCGUUCCCUGUUUUUCAAAAAACCCUAAUUUUUUUCUUCCUCUUUCAAUGCGCGUUCAAAUCGUUGUUACCUUGGCCCUAAUUUUGAAUUCUUAGGGCUCUUUCACUAGGGUUCGGGAUUCAUAUUCUUUCUCGUCUAUUGAAUCUCUGGUCAGAGUUUAUAUUUUCCUUCUAUUUUCCCUAAUGGAGAAGCAAGAUUUCAAUUUGAAUUUGAUUUGAUAAGGCUUCUCUGCGGAGGUUUUUGGAUCGUGUGAAAUUUUAGGAGGAGAAGCCAUGGCCUACGAUUUGAAGCUCACUGGUCAGCUAGAACAGAUCGAUGGAGAGUUGCGAGAUCAUUUUCGCACUCUUGCGAAUGGCUUUCAGAAGUUGGAUAAGAUCAAGGACCCAAAUCGACAGAGCAAGCAAUUAGAAGAACUGACGGGAAAGAUGAGAGAGUGUAAGCGGCUGAUCAAAGAAUUUGACCGUGAAAUUAAAGAGGAAGAAAGUGGAAAUCCUCCAGAUGUCAACAAGCAACUCAAUGAAAAGAAACAGUCGCUGAUCAAAGAGCUGAAUUCAUAUGUGGCACUACGGAAAACGUACACUAGUAGCCUUGGAAAUAAAAGAGUUGAACUAUUUGAUAUGGGAGCUGGUGGUAGUGAGCCUGCAGCAGAGAGUAAUGUGCAGAUGGCUUCAACAAUGUCGAAUCAGGAACUUGUCAAUGCUGGCACGAAAGCUAUGGAUGAGACUGAUCAACGCAUUGAAAACUCAAAAAAGGUUGUUGAGCAAACUAUUGAAGUGGGAGCUCAGACUGCAGCUACAUUGAAGGGACAAACGGAACAAAUGGGAAGAAUCGUUAAUGAACUGGACACAAUCCAGUUCUCAAUUAAGAAGGCCUCCCAGUUGGUGAAGGAGAUUGGUAGGCAGGUGGCCACUGAUCGGUGCAUCAUGAUGUUCCUAUUUUUAAUCGUCUGUGGUGUGAUAGCAAUUAUUGUUGUGAAGAUUGUGAACCCCCAUAACAAGGACAUAAGAGACAUCCCUGGCUUGGCACCUCCAGCCCCAACAUCAAGGAGAUUGCUUUCCUUCCCAAAUUCGCCAAGCUACAUUUGAGAUGCGCAUUUUCUAUGGAGAUGUUUCAUGUUGAUUAUUGGCCAUAUAUUUCCACACGAGCUCUCAGAAAACAUGACUACCAGACCAGAUGAUGCAGGUGACAAGAAAGCCUUUUCAUGUGUCAUCUCACUUGUUUAUUUCCAUUUCCAGUUCAGAUGAGUCCCUCGAGAGCUGAAUAUGUGUGUGAAUAGCUGAUAUUCUUUUUGCGGUUUUAUGAUUCUUUAGCCAUGUAAAAAUUGCAUUUCGAGGCCUGUGAUUUCUUCAUCUUCCAUCCUCAGAUCCCUGUUGAGAAUGCAUUGUCCUUUGUUUGAGUGCUUUUUGCUCUGUGUAAAGCUUUGAGAUUCCUAGUGUAUGACCCUGGACAUCCAUGGAGUAUCAUAUAGGAUGGUAUGUAAUAUUAUUGUUAUUUUCGUUGAUUCCUUGGACAAAAGAUGUUGUUCAUAUUGAACCGUGGAA